GGUGCUGCUGGGUUUCACCCCGGGGUGUCGCCGCCCCCCGGAGGGGGGGGAAGGGGCCGCGCUGCGCUCCCGCUGCGCCGCCGCCUCCGGGCCCCGCCGCGCAUCGCGGCGGGCUGCCCGCGCCUGCGCACUGCUCCAGCGGGACGUCGCACAUCGCGCAUGCGCGGCCCGCCGCGCCGGUAGCCGGCCAUGGGAUUCCGUAACGUAUCUACCACGAUGCCUGGCUCUCUUCCAGUGAAUGCUGAAUCGUGUUGGCCCAAAGAUGUGGGGAUUGUUGCACUGGAAAUAUAUUUUCCCUCUCAGUAUGUUGACCAGACGGAGCUGGAGAAGUAUGAUGGCGUGGAUGCUGGGAAAUAUACCAUUGGGCUAGGCCAGUCAAAGAUGGGGUUCUGCUCUGACCGGGAGGAUAUCAAUUCUCUCUGCUUGACUGUGGUUCAGAAGCUCAUGGAGAGGAACAGCCUUUCCUAUGAUUGUAUCGGGAGAUUAGAAGUUGGAACGGAGACGAUAAUUGAUAAAUCAAAAUCUGUAAAGACUGUCCUGAUGCAGCUUUUUGAAGAAUCUGGUAAUACAGAUGUAGAAGGAAUCGAUACCACCAAUGCAUGCUAUGGAGGCACUGCUGCUCUUUUUAAUGCUAUUAACUGGAUUGAGUCCAGUUCUUGGGAUGGACGCUAUGCACUUGUUGUUGCUGGAGACAUCGCUGUGUAUGCUACUGGAAAUGCCAGGCCAACUGGUGGAGCUGGUGCUGUUGCUAUGCUAGUUGGUCCAAAUGCUCCAUUAAUUUUUGAGAGAGGGUUGCGUGGAACCCACAUGCAGCAUGCAUAUGACUUCUAUAAACCAGAUAUGGUCUCUGAAUAUCCUGUAGUUGAUGGCAAACUAUCUAUACAGUGCUACCUCAGUGCAUUAGAUCGCUGCUAUACUGUCUAUCGCAACAAAAUCCAUGCCCAGUGGCAAAAGGAGGGGACUGACAGGCGUUUCACCUUGAAUGACUUUGGAUUCAUGAUCUUUCACUCUCCUUACUGUAAACUGGUACAGAAAUCUGUGGCUAGACUCCUGCUGAAUGACUUCCUCAGUGACCAGAACCCAGAAACAGCAAAUGGUGUUUUCAGUGGUCUGGAAGCUUUCAGAGAUGUGAAGCUUGAAGAUACAUAUUUUGACAGAGAUGUGGAGAAAGCUUUUAUGAAAGCUAGUGCAGAGCUCUUCAACCAGAAAACCAAAGCUUCAUUACUUGUAUCCAAUCAGAAUGGAAAUAUGUAUACCCCGUCAGUCUACGGUUGCCUUGCCUCUCUUCUUGCCCAGUACGCCCCAGAGCAGCUUGCAGGACAGAGAAUUGGUGUGUUCUCUUAUGGCUCUGGUUUUGCUGCUACGCUGUAUUCCAUCAGAGUUACUCAGGAUGCCACUCCUGGUUCUGCACUGGACAAAAUAACUGCCAGCCUUUCUGAUCUCAAAACAAGACUUGACUCAAGAAAAUGUAUUGCACCUGAUGUCUUUGCUGAAAACAUGAAGAUUAGACAGGAUACGCAUCAUUUGGCCAAUUAUAUCCCACAGUGUUCAGUAGAAGAUCUCUUUGGGGGAACGUGGUACCUUGUGCGUGUGGAUGAAAAACACAGGAGAACUUAUGCGCGGCGUCCACUCAUGGGUGAUGGACCUCUGGAGGCAGGAGUUGAAGUUGUCCACCCAGGCGUUGUCCAUGAGCACAUCCCAAGCCCUGCUAAGAAAGUGCCAAGAAUCCCUGCAACAACAGAAUCUGAAGGCGUUACUGUUGCCAUUUCCAAUGGGGAGCAUUAAGAUACCUCUGUGAGGUGGGGAAUGACACAAGGUGUGAGGGCAGGGUGAGAGAGAAAGGAUUGCAGUAGCACUGAAGUCUCAGUGUACAGUAGUACUUCACUGGAGGAUGGAAAAACUGUUUAAGCCCCUUGAAAAGAUUCGUCAUAAUAUGUUGUGCUGAUAGUUAUAGUAUUUUCAGAACACUAAGAUCAUGAAUAUACUGGAGAUGGAGGGACUUGCUAGGGGCUGUAUGGAUUCCUUAACAUGUCUGAAUUUUUUUUAAUUGCUGAGUAGUAGAUGUAGUCUAUUACAAGGUCUUUGUACAUAAGAAAAAAAGAUCUUCUGCUUGCUCUUUCCAUGUAAAAUGACUUGAAACCUACACUGUUAACUUCUACUUUUACUCAAGUGUGUGGCAAAAUAGUCUAGGCUUUUAAUGUUAGGGUUUGCAGUGCCUUGGCAGUAAGCAGUCAGUCUUCUGAAUACUGAACUUCUCUUUCCCUUUAUCACCUUCUCUUUCUUCUCCCAGUCUACCUCCCCUCACCCCACUGCUUUGGGAAAGGUAAAGAACCAAGUAACAUUCAUGAUGGAAUAGAAUCUCUCUCCUCUGUCAAAAUGACUGAAUCAAGAAGAGGUAGACUGACAGGUGUCUUUCUUCCAAGAAACUCUGUGACCCACUGUGUUCGUUAUACGUAAUUCCUCUUAACAUCUAUAUUAUGUGUUUUAUACCCAUUAUAAAUCAUAACAGCCUGGGAAGAAAGAGGAAAAAUAAGGGAGGUGGUGAUUUUUUUUUAAAAGAAAUGGGUUCAUAGAUUUGGCACCUUUCAGCAUUAUUUAGUAGAAGUAUCUAAGGCAGCAGAACUUUCAAAUAAAACUUCUAGAUAUUAUGAAGCUGUUUUAAUUGUCAAAAUAAGGGAGGGAGGAAUAUUACUCUGUCUGGAGCUCCGAUCUCUUGCUAUUCUUUAUAUAAUACGUUUCUGAAAGAAUAUUUCUAACUUUUAAUUUGGCUUUGUAUUUUUAAAUUCUUGUCAUUGUUGGUAAUAUUGUAGGAGUGAGGUCUUCUACUUCUCUGUUUUUUGUUUCCAAACUUGCAAGCUAAAAGCUGUCAAUUCUGCAAGUGGUAGAUAUACAGUGCUAAUGGGGAGUCCAUUCUGGUAGAUUUUUUAAAGCCCAGAUUGGAAAUGAACUAUGACAUGAGCCUUGUAAGCUUGUAAUAUAUACUUAAAUUGAGCUAAUGUACAGAAUGAAAUUUUGUUGGAUUUAUUUCUUUGCUAAUUCUACAAAGCUACAUUAUGAAAUAUAAGGUAGCAAAAAAUGAUCUGUCUGUUAAAUUACAAUUUUUGUUUGUGUGUAAUGAAGUGUUUGUAUUAUCUGUCACUAGGAUUUGAUAACUUGCUGUAUUUGUACGGUCAAGCCUUCGUAAAAUAGUUGUUUAUUAUAAAUCAAUGAAUACUAAUCUGUUUGUUCUGCUGAAAAUGAUGGAGCAAUGAUGCAUGAUGAUAGUAUUUGCAAGUAUUUUGGUUUAGGUUGCCCUUGUGAAACUUAAUCUUGGCACCAGAAAAGCAAAUUGCCAUGGAACAAAGUCCAUUGCUGGCAAUGGACAAGCCAAGUAGUGAGCUACUGGCACAAAGUUAACCACAGGGACUUCAUGGUCUGUGUGGCUGAUACUUAAUUAAAAUAAAGUUUGAGAUAUUUGAAACCUGUUGAAGUAGAGCUGACUCGUUGGGCUUUCAGGAAGAAGGAGGAAGCUGGCCCUGUGAAAACCCAAAGUUGUGGGUUCUCAAUCUGUGUGGACCUUCUGGAUUUUCCUAAUACAAUUCCAUUAUAAAAGUGGAAAGAAAGGGUUGCUUAGGCUGGUGCAAACCCAUUUUCAGGGCUGUGUUUCAAGACAAUGUACGUGCUUUCUGAUAGAAGCUGUUUAUACUGGAGGAAUUAAUUCCCAGGUUAUGAAACGCAGUUCAUUUUUAUUACUGUCUUAUGAAAGACAGUAUUGUUUUAUCCCCCUCAGAAACUGUGAAGGGGGAUUGGUUUUUGCUCUGUGCUUACGUGAGCCUCACUGAAUCCAGUUUCUCAUGGGUGGCUUCUCAGAGUCAUUCUGUUGCUCAUUUACAUUACUAACUCAUUUUAAAAUCAACUGAUCAUCUCAUCAGUCCCCAUAAUAGAUAAGGCAUCCUGCCCUUAAAUUUGAAAGCUGUACUUCUCUAAACCUUGUAUUCGUUUACUUGCCUUAACUAAAAUCAUAUAGGCUUUACCUCUUAGCUUAGGCAUGUCAGCUAUGCCUGUUCAGAGAAGGACAGCUACUGAACUUUUCCACCAUCUGCAUUGGAUCUGAUGGUGUUGAAGGUUAAAGAUAAGCAAUUAAAGCUGAAAAUCAGAGUAUCUACAUUUUGGUGAUGCUCUGACCAAUUGGAGUUGUCAGUCUAUCCAACUUUUAACUUGCAGUGUUUGUGUCAAAAUUGGCUUUGUGCCAGCCUAUGUUGCCAAAGUAGCAUGGCAGGAGUUAGUACAAGCCUGUAAUGCUCAAAAUAUAAGCAGAUUUUGUUGCAUUCAGCUUACUGAUACCUACUGCUAAAGCAAGAAUUUAAAACUACAUGGGUUUUAGAGUACAUUUAAAUCUUUUUUUAUUGGAGUGCAACUGAAGUCAAAGCAGGUCUAGACUGUCAGACUUGUGCAAGUAAUGGAAGGCAUCAGGUCAGUAGAUGAUAGCCCAACCAGUUACACAUGAGGAAUUGCAACUACCCAUGCAGGGUUUAAGUACUAUAUCCUAAUUUGCCUUUCUGAAUUGCGACAAAUUGAGAACUGUGGUCUACAACAGCACUGCUGUUUCUUUAAAUAAAAUUUUUUAAAAAGAAGCUCUGAUAUACAUUUUAUCAUGUUUAAUUUGCUGAAGAAGUUGUAGAGAAGAAUUUGCAGUUGUUUAGAUCACGGUGUAGUUUCUGCUUAAAUUUAGUUCUUUGCAAAAACUGUCCUGGUUUGCAGUGGUAAAGCUGUGUCAAGCAGAGGUGCAACUUUUCAAGUUAGCUGUUACAUGCCUGUACUCAGAAUCUCCCAAGUGUGUUAAAUGCAAUACUAUUUGAUCUUUACUAAAAGAUCACCUCUGCUAGUGACCUGUUUCGCUUACUGGGGUUCUCGCACUGGGUAGAGCAAGGGACAAACAAAUACAUGAGAGAUGUGUAUUUGAAUGCUUCACUGUGACUUUGGAAAUGUAAAGAUGAGGCAUUUUUGGUUUAUUCAAAAACUGCAAAAAAAUGUAACAUCAGAACUUGUAAAAAGUGAAUAAAACCCUUUGUUAAAUGUG